AUGCGGUUUUCACCAUUCGAACUCGCGGACUCCACCGUGCCUCAUUCUCCAAAUCCCCAUGCCGAGUACUCGAUCUUGGAUGUGGAACAGGAAUUUGGACUCGUCAAUGAAACCGACGAGAACAAACUUCCUCAAAAUUGCUCAUUCAUUACAGCAGAUAUCGAGAAAGAAUGGGAAUUCUCUUCUCAGUCGGACUAUAUCUACAUGAGAAUGAUCAUGAUCGCCGUGAAAGACUGGCCUGCAUUGCUUCGGCGGACUUUUGCUAAUCUAAACCCCGGGGGUCAAGUAGAAGUGUUUGACGGAUUGAUGCAUCUAACGGCGGAUGACGGAAGCACCGCGGCGAAUUCAGCAGCGAUUCACUGGUUCGAACUUUCCAAGGAGUAUCUCGCGAAACACGACAUUGCAUGGGAUCUUUCUCGGAAUCUCCCCGAGCAAAUGAUAGAGGCUGGAUUCGAAGUGAUCGAAAGUGAGACUAUCAAGAUGCGCUUGUAUCCGGAUAGUCGAGACCCAGAAGCCGAUCGCGAUUGGGUCGCUGCAAAUUAUCGCAAAGAUAUCUCUGAUAUUGUCCACGGAAUGACCAAGCGCAUGCGAACGGAUCUCGCCAGUCGAAUGUCGCCAGAGGAGUGGGACACCCUGGAACAGAACGCUAAACGAGAAAUCCUGGAGGAGUCUGAACAACGAGGCUUCCAUACUACACUAUAUGUUCGAGUCGCACGCAAACCUGACCUUGGCUUGAACUUGAAGCUGUAG